CAUUCUAGUAUAUUUCGUAUUUCUCGUUACUUUUUGUUGCCUUGGUAUAUUCUACCAUCAUUUCGUUGUUCUUUUCAUUCAGUUCUCAUUGAUGACGCCGCUACCGCUUAGAUAUUUUUUGAAGCGGCUCAAAAGCGCAUAACCAUUUCUUUUAAGAAUGUACAUGUAUAGCACUUUUCUAUAUACGUAUAGGUUGUAGUAAUUGAUUUACUAAGCGCUUACAAUACUCCGAGGGGGAGUUGGUGGAUUUGUCGGAUUCUGACUGAUUCCAACGGAAUCAAGCGAUUAUCUUAUUUCAAAUGUUCCUAUUUGAUAUUGCAGUGUCCAGUGACGUUGGCAAAUUUGAAUUAUACUUUAUGGAGCAAAACAAUCUGAUUCAGUAGCAGCUAUUGGAGGCAAGGAAGAGGAUUCUUCAUUUGUCGUCAGCGAUCAGAAAGCAUGACCAUAUUCUACACUUUGCUUCUCGUGCUGCCAUUUGUGUUCAGUACUCCCAUUAAUUUCAAGUCCCAGGGAGACUCCAUUCUCAAUCUCAACAGAUUAUCAAAACUUGGUGACCCAGCCAAGGUGCUAAGCGACUUGCGGAGGCUUGCUGGGGCGGUGCACAUGUGCGGAGGGAUCAGGGAGAUACCAGAUAUGAAACUGAUGCACCUGACGAAUACUUCAGUCACUUGCAAUGAUGGAUCACCAGCAGGAUACUACAUCCGGAAGUCCUAUGGCAGCACCAAAUGGAUAAUAUUCCUCGAAGGUGGAUGGUACUGCUUCGACAAGCCUAGCUGCCGGGGCAGGUGGACUAACAUGAGGAAACUGAUGUCAUCAAAGGAAUGGCCACCAGCAAGAAGGGGCACUGGUAUCUUGUCAAGCCAUCCGGAGGAGAACCCGUUACAUUUCUAUGAGAACAUGAUCUUAGUGCCAUACUGUUCAAGUGACUCGUGGAGUGGGACCUUCACAGCGAAAUCGGAUGAAGAAUUCAGCUUCCAUGGGACCUACAUUGUCGAGGAAGUGAUCAAAGACAUUGUAGCGGAUGGUCACUUGGAUAAUGCAAAGCGGGUGCUAGUAGCUGGCAGUAGUGCCGGAGCAACCGGAGUUUUGCUCAACCUUGACAAGAUCUCGACAACAUUGUCAGAGCUCGCCCCACGCGUGAAGGUGCGAGGCUUGGCAGAUUCUGGAUGGUUCCUUGACAACGAUCCAUUCCGGCCGAUCGCCUGCACGGACGCUCACCUGUGUGCCCCAAAAGAGGGGAUCAAAAGGGGGAAGAAAUUAUGGAAUGGUGUUGUGCCCGAGAGCUGCCGCACAGGCGUGCCAGCCGGCGAAGAAUGGAGAUGUUACUUUGGACAUGUCAUCUACAAGACAAUGCAAACACCAGUGUUUAUCAUUCAGAAUAUGUUUGACGAAGCGCAGAUUACAGCGGAUAACGUUGGUCCGCCAACCAGCCAAUCUCAGUGGCAAUACAUUCACAGAGUGGGUCAGAGCCUGAAAAACACGCUAGAAAAUGUAUCGGCGGUAUUUGCUCCAGCAUGCCUCUCCCAUAUAUUCUUAACGAAAAGUGAUUGGCAAAAUAUUGUCAUCAACGACAUCUCGCUCCCCCAGGCGCUGAGAUGCUGGGAACAGGGCAAACAUGAAACUAACCAUUACAAAGAUUCGGAGCUUGAUUGGCGACGGUGGGGAGGACAAAUGGAGUCUCGAAAUCGCAUCGUCAGAUUUCAAGGUGAUGAACCGAGGUCAGGUUCACAUUCACGAAGAAGUAAAAACAGACGAAGAAAGAAGAGCCGAAAAAGAGACAAGAAGAACAAAGGAAAAUCAAACAAGCGCUUGAAAAGAUCCUUGUUCGACCAACACUCCCAGCACCACUGGGAUCACCAUAACAAUCGAUGUAAGCAUCAUCUAAUCGACCGGUGCGCCUGGCCGCAAUGUAACCUCUCUUGCCCGAAAAUCCGUAAUCCAUUCACAGGUGAAGAGAUGGAUUUCAUUGACCUGUUGAUGCAGUUUGGCUUAGACAUGAGCAGCAUAGCAAAUGCCCUUGGGAUGAAUCUCGGUACCCUGCAGACGAUGGAUCAUGACAUUCUGUUGCAGUUGCUGAUUCAGCAGGAAUAAAUGGGCGGGUACCAGGUCAAAUUUAAAUCAGAGUCCCUCAGACGCAAUCUGAGCGCAUCCCUGCAUCAAUGUAUACAGAUUGAAAGACAGCUUUAGAGGAGGACAGGUAGACGGUCAUCCCACUAUUCUUAUAGUGUUUAUUUAUUUAUGUGCUACAAUAUGUUAUAUUACUGUUUUUGGAUGUUCUCAACACGUUCCAGAUUGUUGCCAUUUCACGUGUUUUUGUUUGUAGAGCACUACAUGUACAUCCGUAUUAACAACGAUGUAAAUAAAACAAAUCAA